GAUGCAACGCACUGAGUGGAAUUUUUCAAAACGAGUCAGCGAUGGCGGAACAAACAAACAGGGAGGUGGUCACCGGGAGCGUAGAGACAACGAAUACAUUCACAAAUGAUCACAACCUCCGAUCAAAAAUGUGUCUCCCAACUUCGCAAGGAAAAGGGAUCAACAUACACAUUAAAUCCGACACCAAAUGUUACGUCGCGAGCCGGACAAACGACUUCUCAGACGAACAGUCAGCUACGGAAACCUCGGGGCGACUAUCCCAGGAAACACCGACAACAACAAGCAAAUGUAACACACCAAACAGCUCAAAGUCAGAUGAGAUUAACUCCAAAGAUAUCGUAGUAACCACGGAAAAUAAGGAAAACUACAUCAUCUCCUGUGUUUCUGAUGUUGAUCCGUCAUCUGCAGGCAGUACCUGUCAGGUUAUCACCGAGACCAGCAGCACAGACACAGCCACCACUCUCCUCCCUCUGACCCCCUCCAAGCAGGCUGAGGCUGACGAUGCAGAGACGCUACGGAGGGCCAGGGAGGAGGGCAGUGUGGAGGUAAUGUUCCCAGGUUUGGUCACACAGGAGGGCUGCUGCCGCUUCGUCAGUGAGAUACUGAAGUGUAUCCUUUACCAAAGACAACAGCUGCCCAUGACCUAUGACCAGCUGGUUUACUCUCAGAAGAGACAGCAAGCUGCCAUGCAGAAUGAGGAGGCAGUGGGCUGGAGGCCCGGUCAGUCCACUGUAGAAGGCCUGGACUGGAGGAGGUGCCAGCGUACCCUCCAAGACCUUGAGCAGGUGCUACAACAACUGGAAGUGCUCUUCUCCCUCUCCCUGGUCCCCCGUGUGCUCCUCCUGCUCGGCGGCUCCCUCCUCCUUCCCAAAGAGCUGUACGAAGUCAACAUGGAGGAUGUGAUACUAGCCACCGGCGACCGGAGCCUACGCGUCUCCUCGUGUCUGCGCCAAGUCUUCCGCACGCUCUUCGUGGCCGACCUGUUGUCUGACGCUAAACCUGUCCGGCUCACAGCCACGACGGUCAUGGUUCUGGCCCACAGGGAUUGUGGCGUGGGGUGGUUCCGGCCCAAGCUGGAUUUCAAGGUCCCCACACGGGUGAAGAGCCAGGUUAUUUCUCUGUCUUGUGACCCCAGUCGUGUCUCUGGGUCUGGGGUGUCUGAGGGAGGAGGGCAGACUGCCUGGCAGGACUAUGUGUGGUUUCAGGCCCCCUUGACUAUCAAAGGCUUCAGCAAGUGACAUACAAGGUACAAGGAAGGUACUCUAACCCACAGCCAUAGUAUAGUAUGAGAUGAGACAAGGUCCUGUAUUCAGAAUCUGAAAGUAAGAGUGCUGAUCUAGGAUCCGGUCCCCCCGUCUAUAUAAUCCUACUCUUACUGAUCUGAAGGCAAAACUGGGCCCGUCUUUAUGAAGUGUCUCCGAGUAGGAGUGCUGAUCUAGGUUCAGUUUGACCUUUUGGAUCACAAUGACUAACAUUAUAUGGACCUAGGGCACAUGAUCCUAGAUCAGCUGUGAAUAUGGACCUGUGUAAACGCAGCCCAAGUGUUGACUGAGCGGAUUUGCACAUUUGCCAUACCUUUCUCUCUCUCAGGGACCCCUGUCUCUCUGGCUGCGUUUACACAGGCAGUCCAAUUCUGAUCUUGUUUUCACUAAUUGGUCUUUUGACCAGAUCAGCUCUGAAAAAGAUAUCUUGUGAAAUUUAAAAAUGGUCAAUUGUGCUGCCUGUGUAAACACAGCAUAUGUAACCCUUAGCCUAGUCCAGGGACUGUGUUUUUAUUACAAUUCAUAUGAAAAACUUUCGGGAUCUGUACAGCAUGAUUUUUAAUGAAUUAUGUUGUCUUUUAGCAGUGUAUUUACUUUUAGCUUGGCUAUGUGCUGUAAUGAAAGCAGUGUUGGUGAUUUUACUGUGUAUAAUAUAGCCUUCUAAAAAAUGUUAUGGACAGUAUGCCUACUUUUCAUCUGGUUGAGACGCAACACUGGCUGUACCUAUACUGUACAUUGACGUGUCUUGGUUUUCAAUUGCUUAAAAAUGGAGGUCUGAAACAAUAUUUUGUAAAUAUACAGUGUGUAUGUCAGUUUUAGCAUGAUCACUAAAUUAUUUCCGAUUCAUUUGAAUUGUACACAUCUGCAGCUAAAAGCUGAAUUAUAGUAUACAUCCCAGGACUCGACUUAAGCUGUGUCCGGGUUAUUCUGGGAAACCAGCCGCACCAAUAUUAGACACUACAAAAGACUUAACAAGCCAGACAUUACAGGGUUGUCACAAUAGACAUGAUUACAGCAGUAGUGCAUUAUUACAACAAGGACAAGAGGAAAGAGCUGAAACAUCUGUGAUUAUGUUGCUUCCACAGUUCUUGUUCAAUCUGGCAGACAUUUGUAACCUGAAUGUGUUAGUGCUGGUCAAUUAUGUUUUGACUGAUAGUGCACAUUAUCAAAUGACUAAGCCUUAUUCAUAUUACAUUGAUCUUAAAUUAUAAUAGCAUUGUUUGACAGAGUAUUUCAAAUAUUGACUUGAUAAGACAGUUUGAUUUUGAGUUUUGAUAACAGUAUAAAAUGGUUUUAGAGAAACUUGGACUAUUAGUAGUUAGUUGUGCACCUCUGUGAGAACACUAAGUUCCUGGAGUUCUGUUGGCUCUCUUCCUGGCACUUGGCUGGAGAGUGCAGUGUACACACCUGGGUUGUGUUCAUUACAUACCAAACCCAUGUCCCACCCCUUCCCCUGACAGUCCCAAACGCUUCCUACUCUCUUCCUUGGCCCUAACCCUUAAUUUCUGCAGAUCUUUAUUAAGGUGUCAGCAAAUAUGGUGUCAGCUUCACCACUGCACUUCUUAUACCUAUCCAGAAUCUACAGAACUGCAAACAUCGACGGGUUUGUGGUAGGGAGCAAUUUGGGACUGGCUGUUGUUGCAUCAGCUCUAAAACAACUUUACCUUCCUAACAAACUGCAGCAGGUCGUCGGCCAAGAGCCGUGCCUCUUCCAAGGCAGCGAAGUGGCUUCCUUGGGGGAAGUAGGACUAGAUGUUCCUGAACCUGGGGCACAGGCAUUAUCUCAUUAAGGAACGUCGCUAAGCCUGUAGGCACAUACUGUACACCAUCUUCCUGAGGACACGAGAGAGAACAAACACUGCAAAACAAUUACAUUUUAUUCACAGCAGACAUUCAUUUAGAAGGCUCUCUUUCCCAGGGUGAAUUAGAAUCAGUCCAUUCAACUAAAGUAGGUCAAACAACCACUUAGAGACCCUCAUUAUUGGGAGCCUGCUAUCUUAACAAAGCAAGCAUGAUUAGGGCUCUGUAAUUCAGUUGGUCAUGGGUUCAAGUCCUGCAAGGAUCACAUACAACUACAAAUGUACAGUAAGUUACUUAU